AUGGACACUUCCCCUGAAUACCACACAAAAUAUGUCAUGCUCAACAAUAGUAAUUCUUCAAGCCUAAGACCUCCUCCUCAAAGGCGUAACAUUCCUAGGUACCAUUCAAGCCAUCAUCAUUCACAUGGACAUGGAUGUUUAAAAUGUGUAUGCUGUUGCUUUUGCUUCUUGAUUAUUUUGAUCAUCAUUCUUGCUAGCCUUCUUUCCGUUAUUUACAUAACCCUUGACCCCAGAAUGCCUGAAUAUAAUGUCGAAAGUUUCGAGGUUAAUGCUUUCAACCUAGCAACAGAUUUUAGCCUCUAUACCGAAUUCGCUGUCACCGUGAAAGCCAACAAUCCUAACAAAGGUAUUGCUUUCACUUACGGUAAGGACAGCUCGGUUGUUGUAGCCUACACAGAUUCAACUCUUUGUUCUGGCAAGCUUCCUGCCUUCCACCAACCGUACAUGAACACAUCGAUGAUCCACGUUGUUUUGAAAGGAAAAAGCGAAUUCGGUUCAGGACUUCAAGAAGCUCUUACGGACAACAGCAAAACAGGAAGGAUUCCUUUACUUGUAAUCGUAAACGCACCUGUUUCUGUGAUGGUUCAAAGUUUCCCAUUGAAACAAGUUAUGGUUAAUGUCAACUGUUCUUUGGUUGUUGAUAACUUGGCACCCAACAAGAGAGUUCGGAUUCUAUCAAGUUCAUAUGCCUAUGCUGUCCAAGGUGUUAAGAUUGAAGUAUAA